GUGCCGCCGCACAAACAAAUAGAAAUGGUUGAAUAUAAAUAGGUUGUGGUUUUGAUGUGUGAGUGUGUGUGAAACUUCUGUUUUUUAAUUUUAUUUUAUUUUCAAACAAUUUAUUUAUUAUUUAAAAAUGAGUGAGUGGCGAUCGGUUACCGACAAUAGAUGUUAUGGAAUAGCAAUCUAUAAUAUCAUCUCAAAUGAUGAUUGUAAACUCAAUCUCACUGUUGGUGAAACCGUUCACAUACUCGAAGAGGAGGAGAAUUGGUAUUAUGGGUACUCUACAUCGGACCGUAGGGUACAAGGCAUCUUUCCCAAAUCGUAUAUACAUAUCACAGAAUGCACGAUCGACAGGAGCGGUCCUAAUCUCGUUUUUAUACCACAACAACCUUUAAUUGUUCACGAAAUCACGACGAUUUUAAGAGAAUGGGGUGCACAUUGGAAGGAUUUAUACGUUAUGCAUAGUAGAGAGUUUGAACGGAUGAAGAAUCAAAUUUACGAUUUAAUUAAGCAUAGAAGUAAAAUAAUUAGUGGCACACUACCGGUUGAUGAACUGAAACGUAUGACGAAACAGAUCACUUCGGAAAUAGAUAUGGGCAACAAACUGUUGGGACUCGAUAUGAUUGUACGAGAUAAAGACGGUAACUUAAUUGAUCCUGAGAAAACUAGUACAAUACAAUUGUAUUAUCAUCACAAGAAUGCGGCAGAACGUAUUAGGGACAAAAGGAAUAAAGUGAGUGAACACAGGGACAGUCCGGCACGGACCGCUCUUCAACAGUAUUCACACAUUUUUGUUGUGGCGGUCAAGAACUUUACUUGUAAAAUGACAGAGGAUGCAGAAUUACUUAUGACGUUAUACGAUGCAAAGGAGAAUAAGGCAAUUACGGAAAAUUAUGUCGUUCGAUGGUCCAAGGAUGGGCUUAUGAGUGAUUUAGAUCAGAUGUACACUCUUAGAGUUAUGUUUACGGAUUUAGGAAAACGUGAUUUGGAAAGGGAAAAAAUAUACCUCGUAUGCUAUGUGAUACGAGUGGGUUCAAUGGAAAACAAAGAAAUCGACCAUCGGCGAAGUUCCAUGUCGACAAAUUAUAAUAAAAAAAAUUGCAAAUUGGAAGUGAGGAAACCGUUUGGCGUCGCUGCUAAGGAUAUUACACCAAUCAUGUCCGGUAAAUUAGAGACUGAUUUAGAGCAGGAGUUUGUUGUUCCCUUCUACAGUUGUGAUAAAGAUAAUUUAGAUCAAACACUUCGUAAAUUUAUAAAUAAGGACACGAAUAAAAAUGAGGGCAAAAAUCAGGCGUUAUUUGUUAGCAUGAAAUUGUUGCACGGUGAUCUUAAACAGGUAAGGGAGGAAAAUCCUCACCUAAUACUGGGUAAUAUUUCUAUUGCAAGAAAAAUGGGGUUUCCCGAAGUAAUCUUACCCGGCGAUGUUAGGAAUGAUCUUUACCUAACGUUAGUUUGUGGCGAAUUUAAUAAAGGCAACAAAACUAGCGAGAAGAAUGUUGAAGUGGUUGUUAAAGUGUGUAACGAAAAAGGUGUUGCUAUACCAGGUGUGAUCUCACUAGGCGGGGGUGCUCCUCCCUUAAAUGAGUAUCGAUCUGCAAUGUACUAUCACGAAUACAAACCCCAUUGGUGCGAAACCUUUAAAGUUGCGAUACCAAUUGAGGAAUUUAGAAGUAGUCAUCUGAAGUUCACAUUUAAACAUCGCUCCACCAACGAAGCCAAAGAUAAAAGUGAGAAACCGUUCGCGAUGUCCUACGUUCGGUUAAUGCAGGAAAAUGGAACAACACUCAAAGAUGCGAAACAUAACUUAAUUGUGUACAAAAUUGACCAUAAGAAAUUUGACGACUCUGGUUUGGAUUACUUUAAGCUUCCGUCAACAGUGGAUGAAAUAAAGGACAGUAGCAGGCCGCAAACGAACGGGCUAUCUCUCAGUACAAAAGACAGCUUUACCAUAUCUACUAACAUUUGCUCAACAAAACUUACACAGAACAUUGACUUACUGGGUCUGUUAAAUUGGGCCUCGCACAAGGAGACAUUACGGGAGUCUCUCGUUGCGUUAAUGAAGGUAGAUGGUGAGGAAGUAGUGAAAUUUUUGCAAGACAUAUUAGAUGCCUUGUUUAAUAUUUUAAUGGACAAUCCCGAAUCUGAUAUUUACGACGAAAUGGUUUUCGAUUGUUUGUUACAUAUUAUCAGUCUAGUCAGUAGCGAUUGGAAAUAUCAACAUUUUGAACCAGUUUUAGAUUUGUAUAUUAAAGAAAGUUUUAGUGCGACACUCGCAUAUAGUAAAUUAAUUGUUGUGAUAAAAAAUUUAGUGGAUAAUGCAAUAUCGAUAGUCUCCAUUGCGAAAGAUAAUAUACUAUUCAAAGCAAUGAAAGCUCUACAGUACAUCAUGAGAUUUGUAUCUCGGUCUCGUUUGUUAUUCCGCGAGCUUUAUCCCGAGAUGAACGACGACAGUUUCGAGGAAAGUUUGAAAAGUUUGUUACAUAGUAUCGUAACGAUGAUGUGUCAAACGUCGGACACAUUGCUUCGAGAACAAGGUGCUUGCUUAAAGUAUUUGCCUAGUACAAUUCCUGAUAUUUUAAAGGUGUUUAAUGCUAAACAAUUGAGUAUUAUUUUGUGCGACUUACUGAAGAAUAUCCCUCCAAAUAGAUUAACAAAACAGAAAAUGAUGACUAUUAAUGAAAUAGUGCACAGCAAGUUAUUCCUGUAUCCUGAAUGUCGUCAAAUUCUCUUACCAGUUUUUACAAAACAAAUUAAAGUAUUGUUCGAAACUAGUGAAGAGGGAACUGGAGUGGGGCGUCAGGAGGGCCGCAGACAGUUUCGCUCGGUGGCCAAGCUCGCUCGAGUGCUGGGUGAAACUCAACAUUGUCUUAAUCAACACAGAGGAUAUUCAGAAGAGGUUGAAUUGUGCAUCAAAAUACUCAGCGAUGUUCUGGAUUUGUUGUUUCGGAAAGAUGUCGGUUCUACCGUGCACGAUAUUACAGAAAUAAUGCUUGUAGAUCUCCGCACUGUUAUUCAAAGUCAUAUAAAUAUGGAUAAAGAAAAUCCUUACUCUGGUAAUUUAGUCGCAAUUAUGAUCGAUAUCUUUCGUCAAAUGACAGAUUAUCAUUAUGAUAAGUACAUCGGUCAAUUCGGGACGAGAACUGAUAUUUUAGACUUUUUGAUGGAAAUUUUGUUGGUUUUUAAGGAACUCGUAAAUCAGUCAGUUUUUCCAUCGGAUUGGUGUGACAUGAUUAUGCUUCAAAAUUCUGUGAUAUUGAAAUCGUUGCGAUUUUUCUCGCAUACCAUACGAGAUCAUUUUUUUGCCAAAUUUGACAAUCAAGCAUGGAGUAAUUUUUUCCAUUGUGCUAUCGCAUUCAUGACCCAGCCUGCGCUUCAGCUGGAGACUUUUUCGCAUAAUAAACGAAUGCGAAUCAUUAAACGUUACAAAGAUAUGCGUAGAGAAACAGGCUUCGAAAUUCGUUCUAUGUGGUUUAAUUUAGGCCAAUAUAAGGUCCAGUUUGUUCCUAGCUUGGUCGGUUCAAUUUUAGAGAUGACUCUUAUACCUGAAGUGGAGUUACGCAAAGCGACCAUACCCAUAUUUUUCGAUAUGAUGCAGUGCGAAUUUUAUUCGUCUCGAUACGAAAUGGAGAGUUAUGGUGACACAAAACGCGAUUCAUCACAUAUAAAGGCGAAUUUCUGCGACUUCGAAAAUGAGAUGAUAGCAAAGUUGGAUAUCUUGGUGGAAGGUGGCCGUGGCGAUGAGCACUUCAAAAAUCUAUUUCAUGAUAUUAUGAUCGAUUUAUGCAGUCAGCAUACGACCAUGAAGGACGAUGGUAUUAAAUUCGUCAAAAUGGUCUCUCGUCUGAUGGAACGAUUACUGGAGUAUCGGUCGAUUAUUACUGAUGAAAAUAAGGAGAAUAGAAUGAGCUGUACUGUAAAUUUAUUG